AAUCCCCCGGGUUUCCCCUCCACGGCUCCACGCCUCCGAGUCUGAACUCUGAAGGCUCUUCGUAACCAUGACCACCACCGCCGUCACUUCGCCGCCGCCGACCGCCACCGAGGACCCCGUCCGCCUCCUCAUCCCUGGAUUUCUCUCUCCCGAGACCUGCAAGGAGCUGGAGUUCGUGCACCGGAGCUGCGGCACGGCGGGGUACCGCCCCUCGGUGGUGUCUACUUCGCUGCCCCACCUGGCUGCCACGGGCUGCGGCCACCUGCUGCUCCCCUUCGUGCCCAUCCGCGAGCGGCUCCGCGACGCCGUCGAGUCCUUCUUCUCCUGCCACUUCGACCUCUUCGUCGAGUUCACUGGACUCGUCAGUUGGUGCAAGGGUGCUUCUAUUGGAUGGCACAGUGAUGACAAUAAACCUUAUCUUAGGCAAAGAGCCUUCACGGCUGUGUGCUACUUGAACAGUCAUGGAAAAGACUACAAGGGUGGAAUUUUGCAGUUUCAGGAUGGUGAACCCUCCUCUGUUGUUCCAGUUGCUGGUGAUGUUGUCAUCUACACUGCUGAUAAUCGUAACAUCCAUUGCGUAGAUGAGGUAACUGAAGGUGAAAGGCUCACCCUUACUCUUUGGUUCACCAGAGAUAGUGCUUAUGAUGAGGAUCCAAAGCUCCUUAAGUUUCUCUCCCAGACAUCAUGGAGCUAUAAGCCAGCUGACCAGAACUCGUACAUUCCUUUGCCUGCCUCGGAUAACAUGUACUGGUUUUCCUAUGACCAGUCUGGUUUUGACAUACGAUGUGCUAGAGUCCACAUUCUUGGGUUUAGUUUCCAUGCAAGCAAUGACGAAAAGAGUAACAGUGCAUCUGUUGCACCAACUGAAGACCCCAUAGAGUUGCUUGGGAAGCCACUGCGACUUGGGAGGGGAAUUGAUGUCUUUGGAAAGAUAUUUGCCAAUAGCUUGCAUGCGCUUCAGGUGGUGCAGUUCUACUACUGGAAAGCACCUGAACUGGCAGAAAGGAGAAAACAUACUGCUGUUGGUUCAGAAACAGUCUGUUAUCCUAUUAUACAAGUACAACAAUCAAGUGGAACGGAACUGCCAUUGCCGUGCAACCAUGGCCUUGCACAAACCAUAUUUGGAUCAUAUGGCAAUGCGGAACCGGAGUUGACUCUUGAAUGGGAUGAUUUUAUUUUAGCAGCUGUUAUGUGGGAAAAUUAUUCAGACGAACUGAAGAGAAAGUUGUCGACAUUUUUGCCAUAUUGGAUGUCCAGUGAAACCAUUUUUGUUGUUGAUUCCUCUGAGAUCACUCAGUAACAUGGAUGGAGGGCUGCAGGUAGUUUGUUUUGCUUGAGCUCCAGCUAUACAAGAUGUUCCCAAAGACAUCAUAAAAGAUGAAAUCAGCUUGGUCCUGGUUUAGCUGGAGGGACAUGAACCCUUGCCCAUCGUAAAAGAACUGGAGCUUAUCAUCAGUUGGCUGAAAGACUCCUCUCCAUGCUUUCGAACCGCCUCCACUGGUGAAGUACUGGAGUGGGCUGGAAUAACGCAAGUGAGCGGAUUAAGGUUAGAUAACUUCACCAAGUGCUUUCUCUCUAAAAAAAAAGGAACUUCACCAAGUGUUUGCUUCAAAAUGUUUCAGUUGUUUUCCUAGAAACAAAACGACUUGUAUCAAGUGAUGUUAACCUGUCUCUACUGCUAAUGUGUUCCAGGCAAUGAUCGUGCCCAUUGAUGUAGAAGUCGAUGCUGUUGUCCUGGAAUGGCAUUUAAGUAUCAGAACAUGAUUCCUUUUGUGACAUCAAUAACUAAUAUUGGGGCCACUUAUCGAUAAACCUUAAGGACCGGAAGAAGUAAUUGUAGGAGCUCCUUGGUCUCCCCAUGGUCACUGACACUCCUCAUGGUAUGGUGCCCAAUAGCAAUCUUCCACUUUGCAGUUGAUUUCUUCAUUGCCUCGUCCAAAUCCUAGAUUGUAGCAUUUACAAAAAAAAAAGAAGAAAUGUCAGUUUCUUUUGCUAUGCAAGACAUCUUGUUUAAGAUGGAUGAGAUUAGUUUCAUCAAAAAUGCACACCUUGAGCAGAUUAUCUAUGUAUUUUCCUCUCGGCGCCACUCCUCUCCAGUCAUAGUGGUCGUCUUUGGGGUGAGUCCAGUACUUGAGUUGAAAUGGAGUUGUGUCGAUGAAGAAGAAAUCCACAAUCUCUGAGAAA